AUGGCCAAUAUAGAGUCUGAUGCUUAUGGGAUCGAUUUGGAUGUUGCUGUCGCUGUCGACGCUCCUGACGAAACGGUUGCAGCUGCUAUUCCUGCAGCUGCAGCGGGCAUCAAACGAGCCGCAUGUCUGUCCCGCCGUAGUAUUAAAAUUAAAUGCGUGCGAAGCAGCAGUCAGGCCACGGUCUGUAAUAGAUGUCUGAGUAAAGGUGUCAAGUGUAGCGUUCCAGACUAUCGAGUGGGAAGACGAAAGGGAGUGCCAAAUAAGCGCAGAGGACUCGGCAAGGCCAUCCAUCAGCUACAGCAAGCCUUGAAUGAUCCAAAGACGCUAUGUGAUGGUCCCGACAACAAGAGUGUCCUGCGUCUUCAACGACUGCUAGGUGAGGCAGGAGCAGUCAUCAAUCAUCAUCAUCAUAACAAUGAGCCAAGCCACUCGACAAGAAGCACUACAGCCUCUGCGUCCAACGUGCCAUCUCCGUCCUCGAAUGUCCAUGCUACCUUCACUGCAUCAUCACUGGUCCAUGAAGAAGGCUCAUCAUUGCUUUGUCAAGAAGACACUCUGCUAGAGCCCCUUUUGGUUGAGGACACCGAAAACCCUUUGCAACUGCUUGCUCACGCUACAGAGCAGUGCCUGCAGUUACCAAUAUCGUCUGACCACCCAUAUGGGCCACUCGCUUCUCAUCAAUCGAAAAUACAUGGUCGAGAUGAUGGAGCAGAUGAUAAUGGACUACGUACAUGCAUCGUUCUAUGA